AUGGAGAGCUCGGGGCCCAGUGAAGUGACAGGCUCAGACGCGUCGGGACCCGACCCAGAGCUGGCGGUUACCAUGGGCUUCACGGGGUUCGGAAAAAAAGUCUGCACAUUUGACUUGGAAACUAUGUUUGAGCAAACUCGAAGAACAGCUGUGGAAAGAAGUCGAAAAACACUGGCGGAACCAGUAUUUGGAAGGCUGGGCCAGAGAUGGCUCUCAGAGCUGUAUACACCCACUGACUGUUGA